GAACGAUAAGAACCUCAGCUGAUGCUUCUUUGCCAUGUGAUAUAAACUUAAAGGCAAUGCCAUCCUUGAAAUGUUCAACUUCUGACUUCCCCCUUUUGAAUAUUGAGAUUAACGCUCUUUUUUUCUCACGCGGACAGGACAGUUUCGAUUGAAAGUAGAAGAGAACGUAUAGCGUAUGAUAACACAAUGGCCGAGCUCGUAGUGGCAGAAGAACCGUCAAUGGAUCUCCCCGUCAUCGACCUGGACGUCUACCUCAACAACCCUCUCUCCAGCUCCGCCGUCCAAGAGGAAAGCGCACGUGCUGCUCGCGCGCUGAUCACAUACGGGGCGCUUGUGCUUCACGACUCGCGGGUGUCGGAGUCGGACAACGAGGCGUUCCUAGACUUGCUCGAGGACUACUUUGCGCAGCCGGAUGAGGCGCUGAAGCGCGACGAGCGACCCGAGCUCGGGUACCAGGUUGGCGUCACCCUGGAAAACACCGAGAAACCAAAGUGCGCGGUUGACGAACCGUGUCUGCGUGUCAUCGAGCGCUUGGCGCCCGCAGAGAGGCCCCUUGAUAUCCGCGGCCACCAACCGGACCCCAAAUGUCGCUUCUUCUGGCGGAUGGGCGAACCGACGCCUUAUGCCACGCAGUUUCCGGGCUUGAAUGCUGAGAAUGUAAUUCCUGAAUCUGCGGACAUUAGGGAAAGGUGGACGCCGAUCAUGGAGACGUGGGGGAAGAGCAUGAAGAGCGCUGUCUCAGGACUUGCAGAAAUGGCAGCAGUCGGCAUGGGACUUCCGGCCUCGACCUUCACCGACGCCGGGCGAUACGGCCCCCACCUCCUCGCCCCAACGGCCUCCGACCUGCGCAAGUACGGCGCCAAAGACACCAUCCUCGCCGGCUUCCACACGGACCUCAACUUCCUCACCAUCCACGGGCGCUCGCGGUACCCGGGCCUGCACAUCUGGGCGCGCAACACGGGGCGCCGCAUCGCCGUCAGCAUCCCGCGUCCCGGCGGCGGCGGCGGCGGCGCCCGCGGGAGCUACCUGCUCGUGCAGGCCGGCAAGCAGCUCGAGCACCUGACGGGCGGGCUCGUCAAAGCCGGGUACCACGAGGUGGUCGUCAACGACGCGACCGUCGCGACGGUCGCGUCGCGGCGCGAGAUGUUCCCGCGAAGGCCGCUCGUGCGCAUCAGCAGCACCUUCUUCUGGCACCUGAGCAGCGACUACGACCUCGCGCCCGUCGCGGCGCUGGCGGACCAGGCGAAGGCCGUGCGCGCGAAGAACUUCGACCUCGGCAGGGACGAGGGCGACGAGGUCGAGUAUGCGCCUGUGAAGGUUGGGCAGCAGGUGCAGAACGAGUUGAAACAUAUCGCACUACUCGCGUGAGAUUACCUAGAUAGGUUGUGUAUAUGAAUAACUACCUUACAUGUGGCAAUCAUCUUCUGGGGCGGGUUCACGUGUAAAGGAGUUGGAUUUGGUGUGAAAUGA